AUUUAAAAGAUUAUUCAAUUUUCUUUCAUUUUAAUAAGAGAUAAACGAGGAAAACGUUGGUUGUGAUAAAUAACUGUGCUUGUGAUAAAUAACUUUGUUUUCGACCCAAGCAGCCUUAUCUGCAUUUCUUGGCGCUGUCAAGUUCAUUCGAUUUCAGUUCGUUGUCGUUUCCUCUUCGUCAUUUGAUGCAUAAUGCAAAUGGAUUGGGUUAAGUGUAGUGAUUUUAACGCUUAUCAAGCAAAUGUGUUGUAUUUUUUUAAAUGUCAAAUUAAUCAUUAAUUAUUUAAGUUAACAUUUAAAAUUGCUUACGCGUACGCGACAAUAUUGCUAUAAUCAGUAGUAAACAUCAAAUUAUCGCGUGAAAUUAAAUAUCCAAACGAUAAUUGUUUAUAUAAUUAGAAAAGAAUUGUAAAUAAAUCGAGAGCAAAUUAAAAUCAAUGUAUCGAAUAAUUGCAGCUUGAGGAGAAAUGUGGACAAUAACUUAACAGUCAACACGGAGAUAAACAGGAAGAAUCUUAUCGCGAGAACCUAUUCCGACUCGUGGAAAAAUUAACGCCUCCGACAGAGAUCAAGAUGUAAACCGAAAUCCGAUAUUUCAACGGCGGAUAUUUCACUCAAUAGUACUCACGUCAAUAGUAACCGGAGAAGAUAUCGUACAUCGUAACUGCAUUUCGUAGAAUAUAUAAAUCAUCGCUAUCUCGCGACAGCUAUCGGCGAUAGUCUGGAAUACUUAUGGACGAAAUUAAGCAGCGAAAAUACAGGCAGAAGAGACACUCGCAGCGCAGAGAUACUUGCUCGUUCGAGCUGCCGAUUUAAAAUUCAGCCACGAAGGCUUCCCAAAUAUUCUGCUAAAUUAUUCUGCUUACUACGGUCGCGAGAUUCCACGCCGUAUACCUCGCCGAAUACGAAUAAAGGAAGCAGAAUGAUUUCGGAUAUGACAGCGAACAUCACCAGGAUCCUUCAGGAUACGGAGGAUUCCUGGAGGCUCUCGACAGACGGGGAUCUGCAGGGGCUGCCGUCCACGGUCGUCUACGCCGCGAGUUCGCGACACGAGAACUUGUCGAGCACGAUCGUCGCCAUGCUCAAUGACGAGCCGAUGGACCGCCGGGACUCCCUGUACAUCGUGCUGCCGAUCACGGUGAUCUACGUCGUGAUCUUCUUCACCGGCCUGAUCGGCAACAUCUCCACGUGCGUGGUGAUCGCUCGCAACAAGUCCAUGCACACCGCCACCAAUUACUACCUCUUCAGCCUCGCGGUGUCCGACCUGCUGCUGCUCGUGUUCGGAUUGCCGCCGGAGAUGUAUCAGAUGUGGUCGCGCUUCCCGUACAUCUUCGGCGAGGCGUUCUGCAUUAUCCAGAGCUUCGCCUCGGAGACCUCGACCAACGCCACCGUUCUCACCAUCACGGCCUUCACCAUCGAGAGGUACGUGGCGAUCUGUCAUCCCUUCAUCUCGCACACAAUGUCAAAACUGUCACGGGCAGUGAAGUUCGUGGUGGCGAUCUGGGUGCUGGCCCUCUGCCUCGCAAUACCGCAGGCCAUCCAGUUCGGCAUCGUCUACGUCGACUACGACAACGGCACCGCCGUCCUGGACAGCGCCAGCUGUUCGCUGCGCUGGACGCUGAUCGAGCACGCUUUCGAGAUCUCGACCAUCCUAUUCUUCGUGCUGCCGAUGACGAUCAUCACCGUGCUGUACGUGCUGAUCGCCAUCAAGCUGCGACACUCGAGCCUACUCACGACCACCGUCAGUAAAAGGCAUCACGUUCCCGGUGUGUUGAAUCACGCGGACAGCAGCAGAGGGAAGACGAAUGCUCAGAGGAACGUUAUUCGCAUGCUCGUCGCGGUGGUGGUGGCCUUUUUCAUCUGCUGGGCGCCGUUUCACGCUCAGAGGCUGCUGGCCGUAUACGCUCAGCACAGCUCAGACGCUGAUACCAUGAUUAUAGUCUACACCUACCUCACGUAUGUGUCCGGAGUGUUCUACUAUUUAUCGACCACGGUGAAUCCGCUCCUCUACAAUAUCAUGUCUAACAAGUUUAGAGAGGCUUUCAAGUCGAUGCUGCCCAAGUAUUGCAUCAGGAAGUUCUCGUCUCGCAAGGUCAACCGCCGACAGGCGACUUACAGCAGCUUGUCGCGGUAUCAGAAGUCAAUGAAGCAUCGAUUCGACGAUCCCCAGCACUCGCCCUCGAUAUCCGUCAGCGACGAACAGCAACGAUUAACGCAUAUGGCAUUGGCGAACGCGAAUUCCUGCGAGCCGAACGGACUCGCGAGGCCGCAGAAAGAGCGGCCUGCGAUCAGAGAAACCAUCGGCUGCCGAGAUUAUACCAGAAGAGUGUCCAGGGACUCCAACAGCAGUCAAUUUACCAUGACAUCAUUAAGCAAGCAGGGCCUGAACGAGGGCAACAACAAUGCGAAAGAGUGUCUACUGAUCCAAAAAUCACCAAAAGCCGUAACUUUAGCAGGAAUUCUUACGGAGAGACUGGGCCUUGGCACAAAAGGAUUUUUCACGCAGCGCCGAAAAAAUUCACCGGUCAGCCCGACCAAACUGGAAAACGUCGUCGCGGUGCCACUACGAUUUCAGAGUCAUCCGAGCAUCGAGAGCGCCAAUACGAUCAGCAACUCCAGCCUUCAGGACCUCGACGAGACCGAGUUCACCAGAACAACGGAGUUGGCGCCUUACAUGGGCGAGUUAAACUUCGAACUCGUCACCUGACGUCCGAUUAUCGCGGGAGAACGCCGCCUUUCGAGUUAGACGUUUCGAGCACAAAUCAGAAACCCUUUGGUUGUGGAAACCCGCAGGUUUGUACAAACUUCUAAUUCCGAGGGAGGGCCGUAAUCUCGAGGGAAAUUUUGAGGCAAAUCUCGAUAGAUUUAGCUGCGUGCCCCGAACGGCGCGCAGUUGCGUCAUCGAGAUGAAUCGGCAUGGAACAUACAUCGAAGGUGACUGCAGUUUCACAAAGAGUUAUUGCCGCAAGAGGAGACAGGAGCUGAUCCAACCUGAUCAUUUCGCUCGCGAGAAAAUAUACAAAGUAUGUGGAAACUAAACGAUAACGUAGAGAAACGAUAUUAGAAUCGUCGGCUGCGGUUUGUGGACUGAAAGGAACGCUUAUGUGUGUUAAUCUCACGCGCAAGAGACGAGCUAGAGAUUCUAACACGGACACAGGAUGUGAAGCACGCGUGGAUGUUUGAUAUCUCUCUAAAGUACGUAUGUAUGCGAAUAUAUUAUACUUCUCCAUAGCAUGGCUGUUAAUAACGCUAGUCUUCUCUGCAAACGCGAGAGAAAAUUUACAGCGCAGUUUCAGCGUUCCUAAGAAUACAUAGUGAAUAUUAUAGUGAUUAUAAUGAUAUUCUUGUUCAUAAGAUAACGUUAUAUGUGAAAAGGGAACGUUCUGUCAAGACUAGCACAAGCUAGCUCCUUGUUUUCUGUCUGUCGUUGGUAUUUACAUAUAUUUUGUGAUAAAAGCGAAUUGCACAACGACUUUAACGUUAAUCGCAAUCAAAGACUUAUACAGAAUUUGUAACGCCUGCGUAACUUAUUUAUUUUUGUUAUCUCGAAACGUAGAAAAAGUGCCAAUUUGCACAAAAUUACUUCGACGUUAUCAAUGAAAAGUAUGAUUUUUUUUAAAAUCUAUAAUUUUUUUAGCAAUUUAUACAAUAAUUUCUUUUUAAGCUUGCUUGUUCGUCAA